GAGAGCAAUUAAGUGAGAGGAUCCUGCAUCAGUAAGAGCACAUGUGAAUCUGGAGCUCCAGCGGUCAUCUGUUUGUACUCCGUCCCUCUGCUGGCCUGCUGAUCAUCAGGAUGGAGGUUGGGAGUCCUAAUGCUGCUGCUGGUCCGUUGCUGUGGCUGCUUCUCCCUCUACUCUGCCAGAGCACCGCUGCUCAGGAUGAAGUCAUGUGCGAUGCUCAGGUCCUGGUGAGAAGGAACACUGUCCUGAGAACAGCCCCGAUGAAACCCCUGAUGCUGAACUGUACCAUCAGAUGGCAGAACUGCAGCACAGAGCCCACCGUCACCUGGUGUAAACUCCUCACUGAUGGCAGCUGUGUUCAAGUGAACUCAACACAUAGACAUCACAUCUACCAGGAGAGAACCCGGGGAGGGGAAAAUGAACUGAUCUCCCAUCUGAAAUUGAACCCUGUGACCAAACAAGAUGAUGGUCUAUAUCGCUGUGGAAUAUCUCAAUCUGUCAUCAGUCAUGCCAUCAACAUAUCUGUGUCAGAAAGUCCACAUACUACCACAGAGAGUCCACCCAUCAGGACGAAUCCUGCAUGUUCAGACUGGCUGAUCUAUGUGUGUGUCUGCACUGCCUGUGCAGUGGUCAUUCUCAUCGUCAUCAUCAUCUGCCUUUGCGCACUCAGAGGUGAGCAUCACUUCACAGGACACUGUCUUUGCUCUGAGUUGCUACGAAGGGAGUCGAGUGAUGCAGACCUGCAUCCACUUAAUGAUGUACCAGUUAGUUAGACAUGACUAGUACAGCCACGAUUAACGAUGUACCAGUUAGUUAGACAUGACUAGUACAGCCACGAUUAAUGAUGUACCAGUUAGUUAGACAUGACUAGUACUGUACAGCCACC